AUGGUGGAUUCGAUCUAUGAAGCAUGCAAAUCAAUCGCUGUGGCGCAACAACAGGUUUAUGCUACGCAUCUUCCAGUCAAAGCUGCAACAGAACUUCCGCAUAAACACAAUUUAAUGGAAGAAACGUAUGGAAGAAUAUGGGCUAAAACACCAGACAAAUAUUUAUCUUCUAUUAAUUGCACAAUUGAAUACGCUAAUCAAAAUAAACUGCAGCAAGAUCAUCCGUGUGUCGUGCAGUUGAUUCGCAAGAAUUACCUGGUCCGACCAGCACCAAAAAGUGUUCCCUAUCAACUGGGAAAUCCUUUAUUACUCGAUCCGUCUGACGGCCAAGCUAAGGGCAUUCUAAGAAUCCUGCGCAAUCAAACUAAUGGAUUUUUCAUCGAAUGCGGAGCUUACGACGGAGAAACGCUUUCCAACACACUUUACAUGGAACGAUCACUUGCCUGGACUGGGCUGUUGAUUGAGACCGAUCAAGUAUCUUUUAAAGCUCUCAUAGGACGUAACCGUAAAGCUUUUACGUCACCCGUCUGCCUCAUUGGUAGAACAAAAGUGGACUAUUUCAGUCUCGACAUUGAAGGUUCGGAAUCGCAAGUCUUAAAGACUAUACCUUGGAACAAAGUCGAUAUCAGGACGUUGACCGUGGAGUGGAAUCACGCGCCUGAAGGUGAAGCUGAAAUAACUCGAUUCAUGGAGAGUAAUAAAUUCAUCAGGUUUGGUCAGAUUUCGAUGGCUUUUUCCAAGGAAGUUGUCUUCGUUAAAGAUUUUUCGGCUGACUUGAGACAAUUUGAAGACUACUAG